AUGCAAAAGAUAGAAGAUAAGACCCCACUGAAUCGUCGGAAAAGUAUAAUACUAAUCGAAGAAUUCCCUAAUACAUUUUCAACUUCUUCCUGUACACUAAGAUCUUUUCGAUCAUCUAUAUUGCAGUAUCUCAUUUCCAACACACCAUCUUCUUCGAAAUAUAAAAAUACUUCCAGUAAUUUUAUAGUUCCCGUGAUCCUAAUUGUAUCAGAGACUCGGCUGACCACAUCUACAUCCUCGGCAGACAGUUUCACAGCUCACCGUCUUCUAGGACCAGAUAUCCUCCAGCAUCCAGGACUCGAGACCAUAGAAAUGAAUCCAAUAGCUCCUACUUUUAUGAUUAAGGCCCUCGAAACAAUUGUUCAGAAAGAAUCUAGAAAAUCUGGAAGGAAGAAAACCCCAGGAACAGAAGCUUUAAAGAGGCUAGGGGAAGUUGGGGAUAUAAGGAGCGCUAUUUCAUCCCUCGAAUUUCUCUGCCUACGAGGUGACAUUGAUGGAGACUGGAGUGCGAGUGUAGAAUUUGCUAAAAAUAAAAAGAGCAACAGAAACGUUCCGUUAAGCACAAGGGAAAGGGACAGCCUAGACCUCAUCACUCAACGAGAAGCUAGUUUAGGGAUUUUUCAUGCCGUUGGUAAAGUUGUUUACAAUAAACGGGAAGAAUUACCUCCAAUCUCAUCUACUAACAACAAUCCCGAACGUCUCCCUGAAUUCUUAUCGACAUACUCGCGACCUCGAAGAUCUCUUGUCUCCAUUAAUGAAUUGAUAGAUGAGACUGGUACUGAUACCCAAACAUUUAUUGCCACUCUCCACGAGAAUUAUGUCCUUUCAUGCAAUGCAUCUCCAGCCUGUUUCGAAUUUACGUCUCUUGAUCACAUUAAUGGAUGUAUUGAUGCCAUAUCCGAUAGUGAUCUUCUGUAUCCUUCUUGGUACGGCUCUAGUAAAUCUAAUGGAUUUAAUGGAAGUAGAACUGGAGUUUGGACAUCUAGUGACCUUCUCCGACGAGAUGAAAUUAGUUUUCAAGUUGCAGUAAGAGGACUUCUUUUUUCCCUUCCACAGCCCGUCACUCGAAUAGCUCCGGCCGCUGGCGGCUUGCGAUCUGGGAAGUCUGGAGAAGCACAUAGCAUGUUUUAUCCGACUGGCUUGAAGCUUGGAAAAGUAAGAGAAGAAAUUGAGGGAACCAUUGAUAUUUUGUUUAAUCGACUUUUGAAAAAUGAUGAGUAUACCAACUUUAAUAUAGCAGAAUCGCAAACUACACACAAAAAUAAUUCCAAAACAGACGAGGCUUCAAAGCCAUUCGUUUCCACGCAACAUAAUGAAUUGUCUGGCUUUAAGCCGCUUACAUUGUCUGGUAGUUUAACGCGGAGUGGGAUUCUGUUAGAACGUCUUCCGUUUAUGACCAAAAUACUCAAGUCAAGAAGAUAUCCGACAGGUAUCAUCACAGAGAUAAAACAAAUGGAGAAGGUCACUAUUUUCACAGGUAUUGCUCAUAACGAGCAAAUCAAUGUCGAAGAUUUUGAUGGCGACGAGGUCGGUGAAAAUUGGGCUACGGACGAGCCAGGUGAUGGUAAGUCAUCGCGUCAAGAUACUUUAAUGAAAAGAGGAGCAGGCAAUGCCGUCGGUCUUCCAGUAAAAUUAGUUGAGUCCAAGCUAGUUUUAAUUGAUGAUGAUAUUGAAGACUAG